GCACCCAAACCGCUGCCGGCCCCGGCGGCAGCCACCCCGCGGCCGCCUCAGCCCGGGGCCCGGCAGGCGGGGCGGAGCCGCCCGGGCGGCGGGAGCUGAGGCGGGCAGGGCCGGGCCGGGCCGGGUGACCGGGGGAUGGCGGCCGGGGACGGGGAGGCGGCGCGGAGCCAGGCCUCUCUGUGGCGCCGGCUGCAGAGCUCAGAGGAGGCGCAGCAGCGGCAAGCGGUGCUGGUGCGAAAGCUGCAAGAGAAGUUGCUGCAGUAUCGGAACUGGUGUCGUGAGUUGGAGCAGCAACUUGAAGCCGGAGGGGUGAGUGGGCAGGGAUCCGUUCCAGACAAAUGGGAACCCACAGAGGAUCACAACUUGGAAAAAGCACUGCUCCAGUUGGAAGAGGAGCAGCGAAGGUGUGAGAACCUGGCAGAAGUGAACACUCUCCUGCGGGAGCACCUGGAUAAAGCAAAUGAGGUGAAUUCAGCUCUUAAAGAAGAUGUUGGAAAACUGACAGCAGAUUGGAUGAGGGCCCGGAAGGAACUGGAAUUGAAGGAGAGUGAAUGGCACAAUGAACGUGAGUUUUAUGACAGCUACUUAAGGGGUGAGCAUAACCGUCUUCUGAGCCUGUGGCGUCAGGUGGUGACCUUCCGCCGUCAUUUUGUUGAAAUGAAGACCGCCACUGACAGAGAUUUGUCAGAGCUGAAGGCAGAGCAAAUUAGGCUCUCUGGAUCCAUACUUGUGAACUGCUUCCGUCUAAACUCCGGCAUACAGCUCUGGGAGUCCAUCACUCUGGGUAGACCUAUCCUAAAGGAUCAGGCACAGCAGCAAAUGGAAAGGGAAAUAAACCAGAAGACUUUGGAAGUGAUGUGCUUACAAAUCAAGGGUGACCUGGAGAAGAAAGAACUUCAAGAUAGGGUGAUGGAGCUCUCAGCCUUGCUUAUACAGUCUCAGAAGCAGAAUGAGGAGAAGGAGAAGACCAUGAAAACACUUAACAACACUGUGGAGAUUCUAGAAGCAAGUCGAUUAGAGGUAGAAUAUGAAGCUUCAUUGACUAAAAAUGCCAAAGAAGAGAAUCUUGCCCUUCAAAAGUUAAUCAAAGAUAUAACUGAGGUGGUGUUAGAUGACAGUGACAGCACAGUCAGCCUUGUCUGCACUGACCAUUUCCAGCGUCCGGAGUCUAGCAACAUCCUUUCUUGUCUGAGCUCUCUUGAUGCAGACCAUGCCUUUGUAUUGGUUCAGGAAGCACUGGCAAGGAGGCGAAGAGCAACACAGGCCUUAAAAGAAGAGCUUUCCGCUAGGCAAGACUCUAUAAAUUCCCUGCAGCACCAGCACAGACAGGAGGAAGAAAAGUGCAAAAAGCUGCAGCAAAGGAUUGAGCAACUGGAAGAGGAAAGUAAGAUGUCAAGCAGCCAACAGCAGCACCUUCAGUCCCUGGUAGAAUCACUCAAAAGUGACUGUGAAAACCUAGAGAAAACCAGGAGAGAGUUACAGCAACAGCUAGACGAAAGUGAGCAAGAAGCCUCGCGUCUGCGUCGAAGUAAUACUGAACUGCAGCUGAGGGAAGAUUCAGCCCAAGGGGAAAAGCUGGAGCAGCAACAAGCAAUGGAGAGAGUAUGUCAUGACCAGGACCUCCUUCUGAAGGACUUAGCUGCACUUGAAGCAAAACAUUCAUUAUUACAGAGUGAGUUGGUAGUCACAAGAGAGAUGCUGGAGAAAUCACACCUUCAGAGGGAUCUGCUGAAGCAAGAGAAACACGAGCUUACAAUGGCACUGGAAAAGGCAGAGCAGUCAGUAGCAGAGUUGACAGGGGCUCAGAAUAAGCAGAGCUCUGAAAUAGCUGAUCUACAUGUUGCCACAGCAAAGAUGAGCAGUAUUAAUGAAGCUCUUGCAUUGGAUAAAGUGCAACUGAACAAGCUUGUGUUGCAGCUGGAACAAGAGACCGAAGUUCUGUCAGGUAAAGUGGAUGAGAUGGAAAGAGCAAAGACCUCUGUACAGGAGAAGAUGAGCUCUUAUAAAAGAACAAAUGAAGAGCUUUGCGCAGAGAAAUCCCACCUGGAGCAGCUGCUAAAGAAAGCAGAGGAGCAACAGGAGGGGCUGCAGGUGCAACUGAGAAUACUGACAGAGGAGAAGGAAGAAACCCAGGAAAAACUCAACCAGGUUUACCUCCAGCAAGAGUCAGCUAGCAGUGGUUUGGAGCAGUUGCGCCAAGAGUCCUCUCGCCAAGAGGAUGCACUGGCCAAGGUGUCCAAAGAGAAGGAAUUCCUGGUGCAUGAGAAGGCUGCCCUUGAAGUGCGACUGGCAGCUGUGGAACGGGACAGACAAGGCCUUUCAGAGCAGCUGGCAGAGGCCAGGUCAGUGAAGGAGACCCUGGAAUCAAGCCUGUUUGAGGCGCAGCAGCGUAUAUCUCAGCUGGAGAUCACCAGGAGUCAGCUUGAAAUGCAACUGCAUACAGUCAUCCAGGCUAAGGAAGUGGUGCAAGGGGAAGUGAAGUGUCUUCAAUGUGAGCUGGAAGCAGAGAGAUCUUUAAUGAAGCAGGAACGGGAAAACAUGGCACAACAGCUCCUGCAGACAGAACAGCAGUAUAACAAUGCUCUCAAACUUCAUCAAACUGAUCAUGAAGUGGAAAUAAACAAACUCCUACAAGACCUGGCAAAUGAGCGGGAAGGGCACCAUUUAGAGCUGCAGGAGAUGCUGGAGAAAUGGGAAAAGGAGAAAGCAGAGACAGAAGGUGAGCAUGAGAAGAAGCUGUUUGAUAUGAAGCAGAAGGUUGCUACAAUGCAAGCUCAACAAGAAGAGGAACGAACUAGAGUUGAAAAUGCUAAGCAAGAGGUCCUGCUAGAAAAAGAGAGUGAGAAGAAAGCUUUAUUAGAGACACUACUGCAAACUCAGGGAGAGCUAACAGAAGCCUGCCAACAGCUUGAGCAACUGAGGCAAGAGGUGAAGGAGCAGCAAGUGUAUGGGCAGAACAUAACAGAAAAGCUGAAAGCAGAGCUGCAAGAAACUCGUUGUAAGAUCAAGGCAGUGGAGAAUAUGCAUAAGGAAGAAAUCAAAACCAUCAAAGAGGAACUGAAUAUUCUUCUUCAUCAGAGGGAUGAUCUACAAAAACAGGUGGAAGAGUUGACAUCACAGCUAGCAGCUUCCCAAGAGUCCCAACAAGCAAUUGGCCUCAAAGCUCAGCAGGAUCUGAAUGAGGCACAGGAAUUGUCAAGGCAGAAGGUACUGGAGGUUGUGCACCUCCAGAGGAUUUUGGAUGAAGAGAGGAGCCAGUGGGAAGAGGUAGAACAUCAGAACAAAGAGCUACAAGUGUGUCUGCAGUCCUUGGAGGGGGAAAGGAGUCGAUGGGAAGAAGUGGAGCGUCACAAUGCAGAAUUUGAAGCUUCACUGAAGGUCCUAGAGAGUGAAAGAGCCAGGCUGUCUCUGUCUCUGGAACAGAAGGAACUGAGCCUCAAGACCCUGGAAGAAAACAACCUUGCCCAGCAGAACGAGGUGUCUAAACUGCUUUCUGCUAUUCAACAGGCCCAGCAGCUCCAUUCAGACCACAGAAGAGAAAUACAGGAGCUCAACAACCAGGUACAGUCACUGCAGGAAGUGGUGCUGGAGAAGGAGGCUGGCCUGGCAGCUCGGGAGAAGCAGCUAUUACAGGAUCUGGAGGAGUCCCGAGCCGGCGAACUGUGCUUGAGAGACUCCUUGCACAUGCUGGAGACAGAGAUGGCUGAACUUCAGCUGAGGCUUUGUAGCACAGAGAAUAGAGCAAAGGCAUUGGCUACAGAGUGCCAGCAGGCUAACAGUGCCCAUUGUGAAGCCCAAUCACAACUGGACAAACUGCGAUUGGUUCUCCACCACGUGCUGUAUGACAGCACUGAUACAAGCAGAGGCCUGGUCACUUGGAAUUCAGAACAGGAUCGUGUUUGGAGCCUAACUGUUUCUCAGGCCAGGGAAGUCCCUGUAGAGCUCACAGUGGACAAAGUGGCAGCAGCCAUAGAAGACCUGCGUCAGGACCUGAGGCAGACUCAGCAAGAUCUGAAUGAUGCCAGGAAGAAAGUACAGGACCUUGAGCUGGAGCUGAGCAAGAGGCAAGCUGAGAGGGACCACUUCAGUGCCUGCAAUCAAGAACUACAGAAGCAGUUGAGUCAAUGCCAGGAAGAGAGGCAGAUGGCAGAAGACAAGAAGAACUCUCUACAAGCUGCCUUGCAGGCAGAGGCUGCUGCUCUAAAGAAGGAGGCUAUGACUCUGCAUCAAGAGGUGGCAUCUUUGGAAAUGAAACUUGAGAGCACUGAGAAGCAAAGAAAGGAUGUGCUGCAUGAACGGGACAGACUGCUAGCAGUUGAAGAAAAACUAAUGUGGGAGAUAAAACUUCUUCAGGAAUCAGUCACAGCUUCUGAAACACGAGCAAAUACAGCAGCAGAAAUGAAUCACUCCCUUGAACAAGAACUUCAAACUACAUUGUCUAUCUUAAAAAUAAAAAAUGAAGAAGUGCAAACUCAGUGGGAGAAAAUCCAGAUGCUACAGAAAGAGGCAGCAGAUGUAAAAGCUUUGGAGGAGAAUCUUACUCAAACAAAUGCCAUCCUAUUAAAGAGAGAGGGAGAAAUGAAGUUAUACCAGGAACAGAUGAGAAUACUGGAAAACCAGGAAGAAAUGCAUAAAACAACUCUAGAUCAGAUCAUUAAGGACAUUAAAGAGAAAAAAGAGAAGACAGAAUCCCAGCAAGAAAAAAUAAAGGAGCUAGAGAAGCAGCAAGAAAAACAGAUGAUUGCUGCAAGCAAGAUGAGCAAAGACCUAGAAGACAGAGACCAGGAGAUCAGAACCCAGCAAGAAACGAUACGUGAGCUGGAGAAGCAACAAGAAGUGCAGAGGACUGCUGUGAGUAAGAUGAGCAAAGACCUGGAAGACAGAGACCAGGAGAUUAGAUCCCAGCAGGAACUGAUACAGGAGCUGGAGAAGCAACGUGAAAUGCAGAAGACUGCUGUAAGCAACAUGAGCAAAGACCUGGAGGAGAGAAAACAGGAGAUCAGAUCCCAGCAGGAACUGAUACAGGAGCUGGAGAAGCAGCAAGAAAUGCAGAGGACUGUUGUGAGCAGGAUGAGCAAAGACCUGGAAGACAGAGACCAGGAGAUCAGGACCCAGCAAGAACUGAUCCGGGACCUGGAGAAGCAGCGAGAAACACAGAUGACUGCUGUGAGCAAGAUGAGCAAAGACCUGGAAGACAGAGACCAGGAGAUCAGGACCCAGCAAGAACUGAUUUGGGACCUGGAGAAGCAGCAAGAAACGCAGAUGACUGCUGUGAGCAACAUGAGCAAAGACCUGGAGGAGAGAAAACAGGAGGUCAGAUCCCAGCAGGAACUGAUACAGGAGCUGGAGAAGCAACGUGAAAUGCAGAGGACUGCUGUAAGGAACAUGAGCAAAGACCUGGAGGAGAGAAAACAGGAGAUCAGGACCCAGCAAGAACUGAUUCGGGACCUGGAGAAGCAGAGAGAAACACAGAUGACUGCUGUGAGCAAGAUGAGCAAAGACCUGGAAGACAGAGACCAGGAGAUCAGAACCCAGCGAGAACUGAUCCGGGACCUGGAGAAGCAGCGAGAAACGCAGAUGACUGCUGUGAGCAACAUGAGCAAAGACCUGGAGGAGAGAAAACAGGAGGUCAGAUCCCAGCAGGAACUGAUACAGGAGCUGGAGAAGCAAUGGGAGGUUCAGAGGACUGCUGUAAGCAACAUGAGCAAAGACCUGGAGGAGAGAAAACAAGAGAUCAGAUCCCAGCAGGAACUGAUACAGGAGCUGGAGAAGCAACGGGAGGAGCAGAAGGCUGCUGUGAACAGGAUGAGCAAAGACCUGGAAGACAGAGACCAGGAGAUCAAAUUCCAGGAAGGGAAAAUAAUGAUUCUAGAACAACAUGGUACAUCACAAGUGAGAAGUCUGCUAGUGGAUCUUGAUCAUAUGAAAGGAAACUUGCAGGAGAAAAAUUUAGAGCUUAUGUCUCUGACUCAGCACAUCCAAGAACUGGAGAUGGAGAAAGAACAGGUAAAAUCUUUGCACGCAAGUCUUGAACACCUUGGAGCAGUUCUUAGAGACAGAGAGAGUGAGUCUGACACUCAAAGGGAUCAGUUAAGACUCUUCCAGCAGUACAAGGCACAUCAAGAGGAGUACUUGCAAGAGCUUCAUGGUAAAAUAGAAAAGAUGACCCUUUCUUUAUCUAAAAAAGACCAGGAGCUUGAGUCACAGCAAAAACAAAUUCAGGAAGCUGAAGAAGUCACGGAAAUGAAGUUGAAGACUGUCCAUGAUCAACUAGAGCAGACAUUAGAAACUUUAAAAGAAAAGGACAAACUCCUAGACAUCCAAAAGCAACAAACAAGGAAACAUGAGGAAAAAACAGAAGAACAAAUUAAUAUCUUAUAUAAAGACUUAGAAUACACUAAGGCAAUAUUGAGAGAGAAGGAUUUCAUGAUUGAAUCUCAGAAGGAACUGAUUGAGACUUUCCAAAAACAAGAAAGAGACUUUGAGCAGCAGAAGGAAAUUCUGCAGCAUCUUAAAGUGGCUCUAAAGGAACAUGAGCAAGAAAUUAUAUCACCUAAAAAACAAUGUGAAGUGUGCAAAGGAAAGGAGGAAAAGCAUGAAGCUGAUCAAGCAAGUCUUCAAGAAACAAAAGUGACUCUGAAAGAAAGGGAAAGAAAGAUAGAGAUACUGGAGGAGACUGUCUCUAAGCUUCAACAGCAAAAUGAAGAGGCAGUGAUGCAGACUACAGCUAUACUGCAAAAACUGGAACAUGCUGAAUCUUCUCUAGCAGCUAGAGAUCAAGAGAGAGUGUCUCUGCAAGAGCAUGUCCAGGAACUUCAAGAGCAGAAGGAGUUGGAAGGCAAACAGGCCAAGAGUCUACAGCAGGACCUAAACAAAAUGAGCCAAACAAUGAAAAAGAAAAAUUUGGAGAUCCUUAAGCAGUCAGAGCAGAUUAAUGUGUUCCAGCUUCGUGAAGAAAGCAUGAAAGUAGCACUAACAUCUUGCCAGAAUCAAGUAAAUCUACUUGAGGAAGUGUUGAGGAAGAGAGAUGAAGACAACAAAACUCUUAUGCAAAAACUUCAACAACAAGAAGAAGAGCUGAAGACCUUGCAGAAUCUCCAGCUUAUGCUAACUGAGAAGAAAGAAGAGAUUAGACAUCACAGAGAGCAAAAGAAGGUCCUGGAAGAAGCCUUGCAUGAGAAAGAAUGGGAGACUAAGGCUCAAGGUGAGCAAAAAAGGUUAGAAGAUGAGGAAAUGAGAGGUCUUCGGGAAGAUGUCCAGCACAUUCAGCAGAUGCUGAUAAAGAAGGAUGAAGAGAUCAAGUGCCAGAGAGACAGAGUCAGGUAUUUAGAGAAGACUCUGACAGGGAGAGAACAAGAGCUUAGGAGGCAGAGUGAACUCCUGAAACAAUUAACGUCAGCUUUGCGAUGGAAAGAUGAAGGGGAGACCCUAAAGAAACAAAUCCAGAAACUCCAAAAAUGGGAAGAAGAGGAAGCAGAGAGGAAGAAAGUCCUCCAGGAGAGAGACCACUUCUUGAAAAGGCAGAAGGAGCUAGCCCAGCAACUGGAAGAUGAGAGGAAAGUAAAAGGAGAAGAAUUGAAGCGUGUGAUUGCUAUUUUGAAGCAGACUGAAAGUGGAGAAAUCGAAUGGAAAGAGAAAGCACAAGCACUGACUCUUGCCCUUACUAAGAGUGAAAAGGCCAAUGGGACUUUGAGGGAAGAAAUAGCCAUCUUGCAAAGUAUGGUUUUAGACAGGGACGAGGACCGGUUUCAUCUUCAGCAGGCUAUUGCAGAAGGGGAGCAGCUAUCAUGGGUCACAGAGAAGAGACUCCUGUUGCAGCGGCUGGAGUGUCUGCAGCAAGCAAUUGCAAGGCUGGAACAUGAAAAGACUGAGCUGAAGCAACUCAAUGCUGAGCUCAGGAGGACUCUUGAGCAGGUGGAACGUGAACGAAGAAGAUUGAAGAGAGGUUAUAGUGGUCAGUCACUGCGAGGUGCAUGCAAGUUUUCUCUCUCAGAGUCUGAUGAAGACAAGACGCCUGCUUCUAGACAGGAGGAGGCUCAUGCUCUCUCCAGUCAAUUAGCUGAGUUACAGAAUCAGGUUACCCUUCUGCAGCAGCAGUUGGCACAAGAACGAAAAUACAAGCAGGACUAUAUUGAGUGUUGUGCAAAGACCAGCCAGGAGCUGUCAGACCUUCACCAAGAGCUGUCUUAUUCCUUGGCAGCUGUGGUCAGGGAGCCCAAUGCUGCUGUUCUGGAGGCAGAGACCCAGAAGUUGGAUCGAUCUCUGAACCACACCUUCGCACUAAUGUCUCUGGACUGUGAGUAUCCUGAGAGACAGCCAUUGCAUUCAACAGUCAGAUCCACCACAAGGGAUGGCCUGAGGUAACAGGACCGGUGUACAACCAAAGGCCUCAGUGGGAGAUGAGUCAGUGGCCUGCUGUAGCAGGUGAACCAUGGCAGGAUGAUUAGUUCAAAGCAUGAGUUCUGAGGUAAGAGAAAAGUUCAGAGCACGGCAUUCACUGCAAGGUCCCCUGCCAGAUCAGUGGUGGGACAAAACUGGUGCUGGCUUGCAUGGAUAAGGUGAGGGGCAUAAGUAGGCAAAAGCUCUUCUUCCAAAGUGCUCCAUCACAGCAUGCCUCAUCAGUUUCCACAUGGCUCUCCAAGUUAGGUUAUUCCUGUCAGCUUCUGUACUGUUUACAAAGACUUUUGUAUGGUUUUAUUUUUUCAAUAAACUUAUGUUUCUAAAACUC